AUGGCUGCCAACGACAUCCGGGGGUGGGUGAUGAGCGCCGUCUCAGGCGUAGCUUGCGUCCUCGGUUCGGCAAUCAUCUGUGUCGACAUCGUGGUGCAGGCGCUUUCCCACCGCAAGAGCUUCCAGAUCGCCAACAGCAGUAACUUCCUGUCGGCGUCAUUAUGUCUCAGCGCUGGUGUUAUGCUUUUCACCUCCCUCUAUAGCAUGCUCCCUAACUCGAAAGAGUACCUCACCCGCGCCGGCUUCUCUCCUUCUGUAUCUGCAUAUAUCUUGACAGGUCUUUUCGUCGCCGGAGUUGUGGUUAUCCGCAUAGUCUCCAGCUUCAUUCACCGUUUUAUUCCUUCGCAUGUCGUGGACUGCGCACAUACGCACGGAAAGUCGGAAAACGAUCCCGAGCGCGGGGAGAGUCGAGUCGAGGAUGAAAACUCACAUAACCAUAAGAAUGGACAUACGGAGCGAACACCGCUCUUACGACCUGCUGAGCAUGUGUCUUUCAAGUCAACUCCGGCGGUGUUGCAACGGAGCCAACAAAUUGAACCUACUCCAGCACUGCGCGAAUCCGUCCGGGCAAUGCUAACACGCCGAAUCACAUCUCUCAUGGGUGGCGUCAAACCUCUCUGCGACGAAAACGGACCAUGUUUUGGAGUUUCCCAGACAUGCGGCAGCGAGUGCACUAAGCUUCUCCCACCAGCCACUGUGGUCGCCGCUGUGAUCUCUCCGGCCCAUCUGCCGCACCAGCAGAGCAUCUCUGCGCCGUUGGAGUCCGAGAUUCCUCAGGCGGAGUCUGAUGUUGGCCUCAAUACUACCACCGGUGAACCCGAAGCAGGCUACUUUGAUACCGUGGCGGCGCACCAUACCUUGCACCCAUGCGUUGCAUCCUCCUCUUCCUCUCAAACCCAUAAUCAUCGCUCUGAGCAUAUGCAUCACUCACAUUCCGAGCGCCAUUAUCACGAUGAACAUAGUCAUGGGGAUAAUGUUGAUUCUGGACGUCCCAAAUCCGAUGGUGGCAAUCCCCACCACCACCAUGUACCUCAAAAUGCAUUCCUUUCCAUUGGACUGCAGACAUCGCUCGCAAUUGCUCUGCACAAGCUUCCCGAGGGAUUCAUCACAUACGCUACCAACCACGCCAGUCCAACACUAGGUUUGACCGUGUUUUUAGCCCUUUUCAUCCACAACAUCGUGGAAGGUUUCGCCAUGGCACUUCCCCUCUAUCUUGCUCUGAACUCCCGCUGGAAAGCCAUGUUUUGGUCCAGUCUUCUUGGGGGUAUCAGUCAACCCGCCGGUGCUGGGAUAGCCGCACUUUGGAUUUGGAGCACUGGCCAGCGCGGCAGUGGUGAUGCCACGGGCCCUUCAUGGGGUAUCUACGGCGGCAUGUUUGCAGUCACCGCCGGGGUGAUGACCUCUGUUGCAUUACAACUCUUCAGCGAAGGAUUAGGUCUCACUCACCACCGCGGCAUGGGCAUUGGCUUUGCCGUUGCGGGCAUGGGGUUGAUGGGGCUGAGCUUUGCAUUGACCGCUUGA